ACAAAUACCUCAUGCUUUAAUAGCCACAUUCUUGCUGUUAUUGAAUAGUACAGAAUACAAACUCAAAAGUAUGGUGUAUAUUUUGUGAUUCUACAUUUCUACUCAAUAUCUCUGCACCUGUCUCUCUUCCUCGAUUGAGAACUUCAAGAUUUUUCCUUUUUCCUAAUAUUUAUGCUCCAAAACCGAUUCAUGGGCAUCUCUAUUAUACUCUUAUUGCUCAUUCAAAACGAAGCUAAAUUCAGUUCAGAUAUUUUUCUUGUACAGUUAUCAUGUUGGCUCCAUGAUGAUCUUCUUUCAACACAUGUAGAAUUUUGAACGGUACCUUUGGGUUGUGUUUUCACUUGUUGAAGCUGCUGAAGUCUUCAAUUGGUUGAAGAUUGAGGAGCUGGAAGUGACACAUGGGCUUGGGUUUAAUUUUUGGUGACAAGGAAUCGAUCUUUAAGGGAAAAUUAGUAAAUUUGAUAUGGAAUCACAAUUGGGAAUGAUUGAACAAUCAUUUAACUUAAGAUAUUCAGGAUGGGUUAGGGAAGCUCUAAAUGAAUUGUCUGAUAAUUUCACCAUAACUGAUCCUUCCAUUUCUGGGCAUCCGAUUGUGUUUGCUUCGAAUGGAUUCUUCAAAACAGUUGGUUACACUGAGGAUGAGGUGAUUGGGAGAAAUGGGAGGAUGUUUCAGGGGCCUGAGACUGAUAGACGGUCAGUUAUGGAGAUUCGCGAGGCAAUUCGAGAGGAAAGGGCUAUACAGAUCAGCCUGUUGAAUUACAAGAAAGAUGGGACGCCAUUUUGGAUACUGUUUAAUAUGUGUCCGGUUUUCAAUAAGGAGGAUGGUAGGGUGAUUCACUUUGUGGGAGUUCAAGUGCCUAUUUCCAGGAGGCCAAGGCGUUCAGGAUGCACUGUCGUGAGGGAUGCUGUGAAUUCUUCUGAAAAUGGAGCACUGUUUUGUCAGGGCAUGUUCAGAUGUUGUAGGAGGGAGCUCUGCUCGGAUACAGUCAUGGAACUGGGACCUGCAUCGGCUCUGAAUUCAGUAUCAAUUCCUGAUGAUGAAGUAGAGAUGAAUGUACCUUGUGAGGCAAGUGAGCUAGAGAAGCGAAAAGCCAAUGUUGCUGUUAGUAAUGUUUUGUCCGUCCUAACCCACUAUAGUGAGUUGACUGGCAAAUUGGUGUGUGGCAAGCGCAGCUGCUUAGCUGGGAUGGGACUACUUGGUUCAUCCUUAAAUAUACCUCUUGGUAGUAUCAAACAAAGCUUUGUAUUAUCCGAUCCGCACCUACCUGACAUGCCAAUAGUGUAUGCAAGUGACUCAUUCGUGGAAUUAACCGGCUAUGCUAGACAUGAAGCAUUGGGGCGUAAUUGUAGAUUUUUAAGUGGCAAGGACACAGAUCCUGCAACGCAAUUUCAGAUAAAGGAAUGCAUUCAAACAGAGCAACCAUGUACAGUACGUAUCCUAAAUUACAGAAAAGAUAAGACUCCGUUUUGGAAUUUACUUCACAUUUCUCCUGCGCGGAAUGCUUUGGGGAAGGUGGCAUACUUUGUCGGGGUUCAAAUAGACAGCUGUAAGAUUCAAGAGGAACACAGGUUGAGGUCACAGAGGAGGCAACUUAGUGUCGUGGGUGCAAUCAAGGUUGCUGUGAGAAGUUUGUCAAUGGGCGCCAGCACUUCCUAGAUUGUGUAUAAUUUUCUUUUAGCCGUUUUAUCAUUUAUACUCUGCCCUUUGAAUUGUAUUUCAUUGUAGUUGAUUGAAAGCCAUGAUUUACUUAUAAGUUUCCACGGACCUAUGUAGCGAAUUUGUUGCAAAUAAGACAUUCAAUUAAAAUAAAGAUCUUUUUAAUCA